AUGUUACAGCAACAACAACAGCAGCAACAACAACAACAACAGCAGCAGCAGCAGCAGGCACAUAACCUGCAGCAGCCUCAUCAUUCUCAGGCACAGAAACCAGGACAGUCCAAGCAGGGUCGUUCGAAGCAUAACAAUACUCACUCGGGGCAGCAUUCACAAAUCUCGUCUCCUAAGCAUCAGCAUGCAACACAGUUCAGAAAUGGACAAGAUCACUCCAAGUCUGGACUAGAAUCCGAACCGGGCAGCUCGCGAAACGGCGGUGCUGGAGCUCAUGCGUCAGGCAAUCUCCAGAGGAGUCAGCACCAGCAGGCGGACGAUGUUAGGGACGCAGAGAAUGAUGCUGCGCAUGGUCCUCGCAGCCCGCUACUGGAAGAGUUCCGAGCCAAUAAGAGCAACCGGAAAUAUGAACUCAAGGACAUUGUGGGCAGCGUGGUGGAAUUCAGCGGCGAUCAGCACGGCUCACGGUUUAUCCAACAAAAGCUUGAGACUGCGAGUGAGGAGGACAAGCUCAUGGUCUUUGACGAGAUCCUGCCGCAUGCACUGCAGCUCAUGACGGACGUGUUUGGCAACUACGUGAUCCAAAAGUUUUUCGAGCACGGGGCUCAGGAGCAGAAGACUAUCCUUGCAACGCAGAUGGAAGGCCAUGUCCUGUCGCUGGCCUUGCAGAUGUAUGGAUGCCGUGUGGUGCAAAAGGCGCUGGAGCAUGUGCUGAGCGAUCAGCAGGCGGUUCUGGUCAAGGAACUGGAGGGACAUGUGCUGAAAUGCGUCAAGGACCAGAACGGGAACCAUGUUAUUCAAAAGGCGAUCGAGUGUGUCCCGGCGGAGCAUAUCCAGUUCAUCAUGAACUCGUUUACGGGACAGGUGUAUUCUCUUGCCACACAUCCUUAUGGCUGCCGUGUUAUCCAGCGCAUGUUCGAGCAUUGUUCUGAUACCAAGACUCCGCUGAUGGAGGAAUUGCACCGAUACAUCCCCAACUUGGUGCAGGAUCAAUACGGCAACUAUGUGAUCCAACACAUUCUGGAGCGUGGCAAGCCAGCGGAGAAAUCCUUGGUGAUCUCCAAGGUCAUGGGCCAAGUCCUCCCGCUGAGUAAGCACAAAUUUGCGAGCAACGUUGUGGAGAAGUGUGUUGCGUUUGGAUCAAAGUCGGAUCGCCAGAAGCUGAUCGAGGAGGUGAUUGUGACGAAGCCGGAUGGUACGGCGCCCUUGGUCUUGAUGAUGAAGGACCAGUUUGCGAACUAUGUGGUCCAGAAGAUGCUGGAUGUUGUCGAUGGUGAGCAGAGAGACGUGCUGGUGGCGAAGAUCAAGCCGCACCUCCAAUCGCUCAAGAAGUACACCUACGGAAAGCACCUUAUUUCGAGUAAGUUUAUUUGA